CGGACUGCUACUGUUGUCAUGUCAGGUGAAAUACGCCGGUCAGAGCACACCAGUUUAGGGAUGUCUGAGCGAUAAACGAUGAUCUAGACAGCUUUUGUUUUUAACAGCCCGUCUACUACGAAAUAAAAACUGUUACGUACUGUACGAUCGUGAGACGAGGUGCGCGUAUGUACAUAUUUUUUGCGUGAAUGAAAAACGGUGCUACACAGAAACCGUCGCCCGAGGAACUAAUAUCAUCUGUAAUGCUACGUGUGGAGGUCGCAUGCAACGGUGCUCGACUGUUCUAAACCAUCGAUUUCUAAUGGAAUAUUAAGGAGUAUCCAGGAGCGUUCAUGGAACCAGGCUGACCGUAUUCGGAUUCGAUUCUAUGGUACUGUGCAUGAUACACCGUGUGACUUGAGAGGUCGCCCGAGAGAUUUUACAUUCAAGAUCUCAGCUGUGUUUUAAAAUCCCUGAAUGAUAUUUGGGAUAACAACUGCAUCUCCAUCGAACUCCAUUGUUGUGGGUGGAAUACUCUUUUCAGUUACAGAGAUCACAUGCGACAUACAGGGUAUAUAUACCCGGUACACAUAAAAACAGCUUAGAUAUACACUAUAGACUUCUACGACACAGACAGUCUACACUAUAGCUAGCUAAUACAGCAGCUAAGACCGCUUCCGUUUGGUUGAAAACCCUAGCGUGACAAAAAUGACCAGUGCUUCAGGGUACACGCUGUGGUUUCGCCUUCUGUUGUUAUUGAUGACAUCAUACUGGGGCCAAGGCAGUCAGUUGUACAGGUGCCCGAGUGGCCUGGCUUACACAGUUUAUACCUAUGGCCAUAAAUGCUACCAGUUUGUCAACAUGGAGAGAUACUGGGGCGAGGCCCAGAGCUACUGCAGUUAUAGCGGGGGGAUGCUGGUGGAGAUAUACGACCAAAGUACCAUGGACUUCAUUAGGAGCCGGUUAAACGGUUUGGGGCAUUGGGACAAUAACGGGGUGUGGUUUGGGGCGCACGACAUGCAUAGCGAAGGUUCUUGGCAGUGGAAUUCUGGGGCCACGUGGUCGUACACCAACUGGGGUCCGAACGAGCCCCAUGGUUACUGGCCUGCCUACCGCGUCAACGACUGCGGGGUGCUGAGAAGAGAACACAACUGGCGCUGGGGAACAUACCCAUGUAAUACCCUAAGCUACCACUACAAGUUCAUCUGUAUGUACAAUAUGUCGCCACCUACAACAACAACUACAACCUCUACA